AUGUGGCAGAAAAAUCAAACAGAUAAUUUCGAUAUUGAAAAUUCAAUUGAAGAAACAAUAGAACCAGAAAAACCAAUACAUCAAACACCACAGAAAAACGAUACGGACAAAAACAAACUCAAAAAUGUCACUUUCAGACCCUCAACAUCAGAACCUAACACACCUGUAUUUUUCAAAACUCCAAAGGCUAUGUCAACACCUUAUCACACUUCAUUACACGAAACAGAUGUCGGUACAGAUGAUGAAGAUAAAGGAACCACAGAUGAUAAUAAUGAAGAUGAAGAAGAGAAAAAUGAAGAAAAAGAAAGCGAAGAUGAAGAAGAUAAAGAAGACAAUACAGAAAAUGAAAAAGAGGAAAAUGAAGAAGAAUCCACAGACAACGAAACACAGGAAAAUAAGUUUAAUGCUAUAAACAGCAUUCCUCCAAAUUUGCCUCUGAAUUAUUCAAGAAUGUCAGAAAAAUCUUCAAACAUCACAAGUGACAGAGAAAAUCUUACUUAUCAUCGAAAUAACUAUGUUCAUUUUCUAUCUGCCGAUUGCGAGUUCACAACUCCAAUAAGCAGAUUACUUAUAGACAUUGCAGUAAUAGAUCCUGAAGAAAUAAAAAAUAAAAAACCCAUAAAAGGACAAAUUCUUGUAACCCCAAAAGGACGAUAUAACAUAUAUUCUAUAAUAGCAAAAGAUAAUUACUAUGAUCCAUUAUAA